AUGCCUAGAGGACGACGUGCGAACAUCGGCCGCCGCACAAGACAUGCAAGUCAGCAACAAGUGUAUUCACAGAACUUAAGCGAAGAAAGACAAAAUAUAAUAAGAGAAAAUGCCCGAUUGAGACAACGCGUGAGUACACGAAGAUCAUUGGCAUCAUACAAUCGCUUGGCAUUCCAAAAUGAUCCCACUGCGAACUACAGUGACGUUGAAAAUUUAAAUAUUGGACCAAUGACGACUGUAUGCCGAUAUUGCAAUGCGUUAAAGUUCAAAAGAGAAACGGCUGGAUUGUGCUGCGCAAGUGGAAAAGUCAAACUGGAUCCAUUACUUACACCACCACAGCCACUGAAACCAUUGUUCGAUGGAAGUGAUCCCGAUUCCAGCCAUUUUCUUCAACACAUCCUUGAAUACAAUAACUGCUUUCGCAUGACUUCCUUUGGAGCUAAUAUCAUUCGAGAAGGCGGCUUCAUGCCGACUUGCAAGAUACAAGGACAAAUAUAUCAUUUGCAUGGUUCAAUGGUGCCAACACCAGAUGAACCGCAUCAAUUUCUGCAAAUAUAUUUCAUUUCGUCGAUGGUGGAUCAGCUGAAUGUGCGGUGUAAUAUUCAGGGAACACAACAGUUAAAGAGACGGAUUAUUGAACAGUUGCAAGCAUUUUUUCACGCUAAUAACGCUGUGGUUAAUAUGUUCAAAACAGCAUUGGAACGAAUGCCAUCGGAUACGCACAAAUUUGUCAUAAGAGCGGAUUGUACCCCAACAGGUGAACAUGUGCGAAGAUUCAAUGCACCCACCGUUAAUGAUGUUGCUGCAAUUAUUGUUGGCGAUCCAACUAAAUCGCGAGACAUUGUCGUUCAGCGAAGAAGCAAUAUCAUGCAUCGUGUAAACGAGACACAUCGUUUGUACGAUGCGUUACAAUAUCCAAUCAUUUAUUGGCAAGGGCAAGACGGAUACGACAUCACGUUGAAGAUGGUCGAUCCAAUUACAAGCGUAUCAACGAAUAAAAAUCUAAGCGCAAUGAAUUACUAUGCGUAUCGUAUGAUGAUUCGUACACAUGAGGAGAAUGUCAUUCUGAAGUGCCGUCGGCUAUUCCAGCAAUUCGCUGUCGACAUGUAUGUCAAAGUCGAGACAGAACGUUUAGCGUUCAUCCGAUUCAAUCAGGCAAAGCUACGAUCUGAGGACUAUAUACACUUGCGUGAUGCUAUUCAUUCAGAUGGUGAUGUUCAGAGUAUUGGACGUCUGACGAUUCUCCCAUCAUCUUAUAUCGGAAGCCCACGCCACAUGCACGAAUACGCUCAAGACGCUAUGACGUACGUGCGAAAUUAUGGAACUCCCGAUUUAUUUAUUACGUUCACUUGCAAUCCGAAGUGGACGGAAAUUGAACGUGAGUUGGAACCGGGCCAAAAACCGCAAGAUCGCCAUGACAUAAUAGCCAGAGUAUUUCAGCAAAAACUCAAGGUCAUGAUGGAUGUGCUUACUAAGUAUCGAGUUUUUGGUGACACACGUUGUUAUAUGUACUCGGUGGAAUGGCAGAAGCGUGGACUACCGCAUGCUCAUAUCCUAACUUGGUUGCUGAACAAAUUACAUUCAAAUGAAGUGGAUGACAUCAUAUCAGCUGAAAUUCCUGAUCCAGUCACUGAUCCCCAUCUACACGACAUUGUGACGACACAGAUGGUGCAUGGACCGUGCGGUGCAUUAAAUCCAUUAUCGCUUUGCAUGACUGAUGGAAAGUGCACAAAACGAUAUCCGCGACCGUUAGUUGCUGAAACAGUUACAGGGAACGACGGAUAUCCAGUAUAUCGUCGGCGUUCAAAAGAAGAUAAUGGUCGAACUAUCAAAGUUAAAGUUCAAAAUCAAGAGAUUGAGAUCGGAAAUGAAUUCAUUGUACCAUAUUGCCCGCUACUAUCACGAAUUUUUGAAACACAUGUAAACGUUGAGAGUUGUCAUUCGGCCAAAUCAAUCAAAUAUUUGUGCAAGUACGUCACAAAAGGCAGCGACAUGGCUGUGUUUGGUAUUGCGUCGGAAAAUGCGAAUGACGAAAUCAGCAACUUCCAAAUGGGCAGAUACGUCAGUACUAAUGAAGCACUGUGGCGAUUAUUUUCAUUUCUAAUUCAUGAAAGAUAUCCCACAGUUGUACAUUUAGCAGUGCAUUUGGAAAAUGGCCAAAGAGUUUACUUCACUGAAGCUAAUGCAGCACAACGAGCUGAGAGACCACCAUCGACAACAUUGACUAGCUUCUUUGCAAUGUGUGAAGCAGAUCCAUUCGCAGCGACGCUGAUGUACGUUGAAAUGCCUAAGUAUUACACUUGGAAUCAAUCAACAAAGAAAUUCCAACGUCGCAAACAAGGAACCCCAGUUCCAGAUUGGCCACAGGUGUUUUCCACUGAUGCACUAGGUCGCAUGUAUACUGUUCAUCCUAGAAAUGAUGAAUGUUUUUAUUUGCGACUGCUGUUGGUAAAUGUACGUGGACCAAAAUCAUUUGCGCAUUUGAAAACUGUGAAUGGCCACCAAUGCCAAACAUAUCGAGAAGCAUGUCAACUAUUGGGUUUGCUAGAGAACGAUUCUCAUUGGGAUUUAACACUUGCGGAUUCAGUUGUUUCAUCAAAUGCGUACCAAAUACGAACGCUGUUCGCAAUUAUCAUCACCACAUGUUCUCCUUCACAACCAAUUCAGUUAUGGAACAAAUACAAAGACGACAUAUGUGAAGAUAUCUUGCAUCGCUUGCGCAUUCAAACGAAUAAUCCUGACAUGCAAAUAACCGAUGAAAUCUACAAUGAAGGAUUGAUUCUGAUUGAGGAUCAAUGCUUGACUAUUGCAAACAAGCUACUGAUUGAAGUAGGAAUGAUUGCACCAAAUCGAUCAAUACACGAUGCAUUCAACCAAGAAUUAAAUCGAGAGCUGCAAUACAAUGUUGAUACAUUGCAGGAAUUCGUUCAAAAUAAUGUGCCGUUGCUGAAUGAACAGCAAAAACCAGUAUACGAAACAUUAAUGCAAGCGGUGGACAAUAAUACUGGUGGUCUAUUCUUCCUGGACGCAUCUGGAGGAACAGGGAAAACAUUUGUCAUUUCAUUGAUUUUGGCCACUAUUCGAUCAACAGGUGACAUAGCUUUGGCGUUAGCAUCAUCUGGAAUUGCGGCGACUCUUCUAGAUGGCGGUCGUACUGCACAUUCUGCGCUUAAGUUGCCACUCAAUUUAAACACAAUUGAGACUCCAACAUGCAAUAUUUCCCGAUCCAGUGCAAUGGGAAAAUUGUUGACGCAAUGCAAGCUCAUUGUUUGGGAUGAGUGCACAAUGGCACAUAAGAAAUCACUUGAAGCACUCAACUUCACACUGAAGGAUCUUCGGCGAAAUAACAACAUUUUUGGCGGCUUGAUGAUAUUGUUGGCAGGCGAUUUCAGGCAGACGUUGCCAGUAAUUCCCCGUGGAACGCCUGCAGAUGAAUUGAAUGCUUGCCUGAAGGCAUCACCUUUAUGGAAUAACGUAAAAACAUUAUCGCUAACCACUAAUAUGAGAGUUCAACUUCAAAAUGAUCAAAGUGCUGCACAAUUUUCAAAACAAUUGUUAGCUGUUGGAAAUGGAAAAGUCCCAGUUGAUGCGACAUCUGGAUUAAUUACUCUUACCAACGACUUUUGCCGAUUUGUAGACUCUCAACUAGCUCUUAUUGAAAAUGUUUUUCCAAACAUUAGUGAGAAUUAUCAGAAUUAUGCUUGGUUAAGUCAACGAGCAAUUCUUGCCGCAAAGAAUAAUGAUGUACACGCACUGAAUUUCACCAUUCAAUCAAAAAUCGAUGGCGAUUUGGUGACAUACAAAUCCGUUGAUUCCAUAACAAAUCCCGAUGAUGUAGUACAUUAUCCAACGGAGUUUUUGAACUCUCUGGAGUUACCAGGAUUUCCACCACAUAACUUGCAACUCAAAGAACAAUUGAGACGUAUCAAGAGGAACCAAGAAAGGGAGAGACUGGCUGGAAAUGUAUCAGUACCUGGUUCAUCUAUCAGUGAUAGUAUGAACAUGUCGACCAUGUCUGACCUAGGGUCCAAAUCACCUGGCCUGAUCCCAUUGGGUCAGAUCAAACAGGAACCGGAUCUUCACACACCAUCUAGACGACGGGCCAAAUUGAAGCCCGAUUUGAAAUUAAAGUGCGGAGCGUGCGGUCAAGUUGGUCACAUGCGUACAAACAAGGCGUGUCCGUUAUACACAGGGGGCGGGGCGGUGACCCCCGAACAUGAUGAACCAGCCCCCGAACCUGACGACCUUGACCUUGGAUAUGUGGAUGGAACCAAGCUCACACUACCUUCUAAAUUUGUUAAGCAAUCUUCGGAGGAGCUUCGUCGUCGUAGCGGCAGUCGUCGCGAGGUCCGAGCUGCUGGGCGAACCAAGAGACGCGGCACUGCCAGUGAUUCUUGUGAUUAUCUCGUCAAAAGACCAGCGGAAAGACGCAGAACUGAUCCACUAGUGACCCUCUCGUCCCUAUUAGAAGACGUAUUGAACACUAUGAGACACCUCCCCGAUGUACAACCCUUCCUGUUCCCAGUCAAUCUGAAGCUGGUAGCGGAUUACUAUCGUAUCGUAUCGCGGCCGAUGGAUCUACAGACUAUAAGGGACAAUUUGAGGCAAAAACACUAUCAAAGCCGCGAAGAAUUCUUGGCUGAUGUCAACCAGAUCGUAGAAAAUUCUACUCUUUACAAUGGUCCUACGAGCAGCUUGACGGUAGCAGCGCAGCGUAUGAUGCAACGCUGUUUCGAAAAACUGGCAGAGAAAGAGGAACAGUUUAUGAAACUGGAGAAACAAAUCAACCCGCUGCUAGAUGAUAACGACCAGGUGGCUUUAUCGUUUAUUUUUGAGAAUCUCUUAACAACGAAACUUAAAGUUAUGCCGGAAGCUUGGCCAUUCCUGAAACCAGUUAACAAGAAACAGGUCAAAGAUUACUAUAAUGUUAUUAAAAAACCAAUCGACAUGGAGACGAUAGGAAAGAAAAUACAAGCUCAUAAGUACCACAGUCGGGAGGAAUUUCUUCGGGAUAUACAGUUGUUGGUGGAUAACUGUCGUGCUUACAACGGACUUAACUCACAGUUCACGAGACAGGCCGAGGCCGUACUCAAAGUAACCCAAGAAGCCCUAGAACAGUUCGAUGAGCACGUGAGUCAGCUGGAGGCGAAUAUAGCACGCGUUCAGCAAAAGAUGUUAGAGGAUGCUGAGCAGUCUGAGUUAGAAGAUGACCCGCCGCCGCCCAGCGACGAGAAAAGAGGCCGCGGAAGACCGAAGAAACACAAACCAAGCACAUCAACAUCGAUGGCAGAUGAUGCCACACAGAGGAAACGUAGUCGUGUCAAGAAGGACCAAAAUAGUCUGGUUGAUGAUUUACAAUAUUCUGACAGUGGAAGUUCAGGUCUAGAGGAAGUCGAACAAAAAGAUGCAGCUGAAGCUAUGGUACAAUUAUCAGUUCGACCUGAUGACGACAUUCCUGAUUCGAGCUUCGAUACUUCUGAGUUCCUCAUCAAGCGCGAGGUUCCAGACGAGCCGCACGAGCUGGUCGACCUGGACAGUCACAGCACUGACUAUACUUACCCCGCCGUUGUAAAGGAGGAACCAAUCGAGCCGGACAUGAACAUGGAUCCGCCAAUGAUGGACGCGCUCCCUGAACACACACAGUUUAAAGAAGAGCCGCUUGAGAACUGGCAGCCGGACCCUGUAAUUCAGGAUGACCUAAGAGUAACGGACAGCGAAGAAGAAGCAGAAGAUGGACUUUGGUUUUAGAUAUAUAUUUUUUUUAUUUACAUAGAUUAAAAUGUAAGAAUAAUAAUGUUUGUUACAUAAGCUAAAUAAAUGAAUUUAUUAUGGAA